GUGAGAGCAGAUCUGACGUUAGCUUGUAGUUCUUUCCCUCACCAGCCUUAAUUAGCUGGCUAACUUGCCUCCACAGCUGGAUAAAUAUUCUCUUUUUUUUAAAGCUUCGAUAUUAGAGGAGUCCUUCUUCUGGCGAGAUCAUGGCAGAUUUCUCGCUGGCAGAUGCUUUAGGAGACGACACCCCGUCCAAGGCAAACAAAACAAGCAACGUCAACCCGUCUGCUCCCUCCAACAACCCCCCACCUCCUUCAAACCCUGGAUGGCCCGGUUCAGCUCCAGGAGCCCCCACUCAGCCAUCAGCUCCAGGUGAUUACUCCGGCGGAUCGUCUGGUCCUGGGGCCCCCGGUCAGUUCCCGUUUCCCUCUGGUCCUGGAGCACCAGGCCAAUACCCAGGACCUCCUUCAGCACCUGGAGGGUUCCCUCCUGGUCCUGGGAUACCUGGACAAUAUCCUGCACCAGGAGCUCCAGGGCAGUUCCCCUCCAGCCCUGGAGCUCCUGGGCAGUUCCCUGGGCAGUACCCACCUGAAGGAGCUCCAGGACAGCUACCUGGAGGCCCUGUUCCUUACCCGACAGGACCGUUUCCCUCUGGCCCCGGAGCCCCAACAGGGCCUUAUCCAAAUGUGCCUUUUCCAGGAGGUCAGCCAGGAGGUAACGGGAUGUACGGACCAGGAGGUCCAGGUGCAUUCCCCCCUCCAGCUGGUCCUGGAGCUUUUCCUGCAUACCCUGCUGGAGGUUUUCCCCCAAUCCCCCAAGGAUCCUGGGGACCUCCUGCAGGUGGAGGCUUCCCUUCUGCUCCUGGCCCCUUUGGUCCUGGCCCUGGACCUAUGGAUCCGUACGGUGGGCCUGCUGCUCCAGGAGGCAUGCUGAUGAUGCCGCAUGAUCUCCCGCUGCAUGCUGGGAUUUUGCCACGGCUUGUGAUCACGAUAGUUGGGGAGCCUCUUCCAGGUGCAGACAGGUUUCAGGUGGACUUCAUCAAAGGUUCAGACAUCGUCUUUCACUUAAAUCCUCGAUUCAGUGAGCAAACGAUCGUCAGGAACUCCAACCUGGGAGGAUGCUGGGGACCAGAGGAGCGAGAAGGACCAUUCCCGUUUGUUCAUGGACGCCGUUUUGAGCUGAAGAUCCUGGUGGAGGAGGACAUGUUCAAAGUGGCCGUGGACGGCAAUCACCUGCUGGAGUUCGAGCACCGAGUGGGCGGGCUGGAGCAGGUGACCCUGGUGCGAGUGAUGGGGGACAUCGCUCUCUACAGCGCAUCUCCAAAUAUGAUCUGAUGUCACACACAAACACCACGAUGGAGUUUUUGAGGCACAAAAGUCAGCGACACGCAAUCUCCGCUGGCCUGACACAUUUAUAAUGGAGCAGAUGGUAAAUGAAUCCAGGUCUCUUACACUAUAAUCUCUUCUUUUAGUUAUACUGAAUGAAAUCUCCGUUUAUAGCCACUCGCAAUCCGUUAGUUUUUAUGACAUGACAGUAUCAGAGUCGUGAUUGAGAUGAAGUGAAUCUAAAACAGGAAGGAAACGUUAAUUUAUGCUGAAUGAAAAGACUGGAGGCCCGAUGAUACGCUGUAUUUUGUUUACGUCAGUUAUUAAUCUGUCCUUUAUAUCAGGUCUUGAAAGCCUUUGUAAUGCAUGAGAGUGUGCUGCUGGUCGUCUUUUCCCGCCUUACUCUUGAUCUGUUCACACAGACGUGCUUAUUUAAACGCAGGGCUCCUCCCUCUCUUCAGUAUUAACCCUCCUCUCAGACCAGAAGGACGAGUUAUAAUUAACUAAUUGUGAUUUCACGUUGAAGUCGGAGCCUAAAGUGACUCUAAAGUUAAAGAGAGGAGGAAAGAGGGCUCAAAAUUGUUGCCAAAGAUGACACUGGUGAAGUAUUGAGGUUUAAAUAAAGGGCAACAAACAAAUGAGAAUGACUGAAAGGCUGUUUUAGUCUGAAUAUUGUACAUUUCAAAUGAGCUGGCUGCCUGAUGAAUCAAUAAAAGCUAGUUACCCUGGUGCCGUUCUUCAUUUU